AUGGUUUCACCAGAUAACAAUCAGUUGCUAUCUGAUUACGCAAAACGGUUUCACCAGAUAAAAACUCCACGAAAGCUAUUAUGGAAGAAAAAUCUUGGAACAGUCAAGGUUGGAAAAACAGAUUUAGUUAAUGGGUACUAUGAAAACAUAUCUUGCAUGCCUGAUGUCAACAAAAACAGUAUUGUGAAUGAACGCUUGGCAGCGUAUCAGAUGACUGAGGAGGAAGGUGAAAGCUCUGUGGCUUCAGUGGAGGAUCAACUUAAGAAAGAAAUGAUAAUUUACGAGAUGUUCUGUGUUGCUGAGUCGUCAUACGACAAGUCACUGCAGCAGCUCCAAAGUUUUCUUUCUGGUCUAAUAGCGGAUGAAAAGCUAGAAACGAGGGAUGGGCUGUACUUGCUAAAGAGGUAG